AUGAUGAGGAUUGAUGAUGAUGAUGAUGAUGAUGAUGAUGAUGAUGAUGAUGAUGAUGAUGAUGAUGAUGAUGAUGAUGAUGAUGAUGAUGAUGAGGAUGAUGAUGAUGAUGAUGAUGAUGAUGAUGAUGAUGAUGAUGAUGAUGAUGAUGAUGAUGAUGAUGAUGAUGAUGAUGAUGAUGAUGAUGAUGAUGACGAUGAUUAUGAUGAUGAUGACGAUGAUGAUGAUGAUGAUGAUGAUGAUGAUGAUGAUGAUGAUGAUGAUGAUGAUGAUGAUAAUGAUGAUGAUUAUGAUGAUUCAUGGUUACGAUGA